AUGCUCCCGGACAGCCUUGCUAGAUCUGCUUAUCAGGAGAAGACUAUGGCGACCUUUCUCCGCAUUUAUAAUCCACAGGGCGUCGUUCGGGCGACUAACGCAGAUGCAAGAGAGUUUGUAAGCAUGUUGCCCUUGCUCAGUUCACGCAACCAAGCACUUCAGAUGGCUGCGCUAGCGGUUGGUAUAACGCAACUUGGUGUGACUACAGACAAUGAGGCUCUUACCCAUCAGGGAAGGACACUUUACGGCAGAGCGCUUAGAGAAACAGCAGUAGCCCUGCGGAAUCCUACUAGAGUCGCUAGCGAAUCAAUGCUUGUUGUGCCCCGAGUCAUGGCUCUCUUCGAUCUGAUGUUUGGCGCGGAGCCAGAGUCAGCCAGCCAAGCAAAGAGCUGGUUGAGUCAUGUCGAAGGCGAAUUGGCCAUGAUCGUCAAUCGUGGACCUGAAGCGUUCUCCAAGAGCGAUGCAGCACAUGCGAUCUUUGUUCAUGCCAGAUACAGGCUCCUAUGGCCGGCGUUCCGAAGUCGAACAUCCACGAUUCUCAACAACAAAGAGUGGAAGACGCUACCUUGGAAGGGAAGGACCAAGUCAUCGAACGACCAUCUCCUCGAUAUCCUCUGUGAUAUACCUGAGCUAUUAGAGGCGGUUGACAAACUUCAAUUCGAACCUAUGAAAGAGGCAGACAGAGAAGGGCUUCAAGUGUACACAUUAUCAAGGUGUUGGACACUACACUUUCAGCUGCAAGAAUGGGUUGAUACCGAAGCCAACGCCAUCUACAUCCCUAAAAUUAUCGAUACAUCCACACCGAUAACCUUCCCCAACAUCGAUAUCGCCUGUAUCACAGUCCGCUAUUGGUUAGCAUCUCUCUUCCUAUACUCUGCCCUUGACAUCGCCUCUGGUAUCGAUCCUACUACUGACACCCUUCUAUCGCACCCCGAUCGUCCUCACCCCCGACCGUUCGCUAGGAUGAUCAUAAAGUCAGUAGGCUACUUUUUACAGGAGAAAUUUGGCAUCACGGGUGUAAUGGCCAUGGUCAUGCCGCUGGGCAAUGCACUACUCUACAUGAACCGCAAUCGUGAGCCGGACGAGGGGUACAUUAUGGAAAUCAUGGACUUGUGGUAUCAGCCAAAUAUGCCUAGUACACUGCGCGAAUUCUUGCAAAGCUUCCGGCAAACCGUGGAUAUAAGGACUUCUCGAGCGAUUCCUACAAGGCAAUUAUAG